GUCACCGCAGGCUGCUUUGCUACUGAACAACCUUCUUAGCCAUCACCGGGACAGAGCAGCAGGCUUUGGGUCCGGACCAGGGUUUGUCCGCCUCCCUCUUCAGCUCCCCCUCUGCUCCCUCUCCCCUUCUCUUCCUCCUCUUCCCUUCUUCCUGCCUUCUCUCCUCAUCCUCUUCUCUCUUCCUUUAUUCCAUCUCCUCUUCCUCUUCUCCCCUGCCCCUUUCUCCUCUUCUGCUUUGCUCUCUUCUCCUCUAGAGACCUCUGGUCCCUCAGCAUGGAUUCUGGGCCUCGGGGGCCCUUGGGGACCCCAGACUCCGGGGGGAAACCACCAAACUGGCAGGAAGCCAAGACUUUCUAUGACAACCUGGCACCAAAAAGGAAGCCCAAAUCGCCCAAACCCCAAAAUGCCAUCACCAUUGCGGUAUCAUCGAGGGCCCUCUUCCGAAUGGAGGAGGAACAGCGCAUCUACAAGGAGAAGGGGGUGGAGGAGUAUGUUCGGUACCAGCUGGAGCAUGAAAAUGAACCACUCAGCCCAGGGCCUGCUUUUCCCUUUGUGAGGGCUCUGGAGGCUGUGAACACCCGGCUUCGGGAGCUGUAUCCUGACAGUGAGGACCUCUUCGACAUCGUCCUCAUGACCAACAACCAUGCCCAGGUUGGGGUCCGGCUUAUCAACAGCAUCAACCACUACAACCUGUUCAUUGAGAGGUUCUGCAUGACGGGGGGAAACAGUCCCAUCUGCUACCUGAAGGCCUACCACACCAACCUCUACCUGUCCUCUGAUGCAGAGAAAGUGAGUGAAGCCAUUGGAGAGGGGAUUGCAGCUGCCACCGUCUUCAGCCCCAGCAAGGAUGUGGCAGUGCCUCAGAGCCAACUUCGUGUUGCGUUUGAUGGGGACGCUGUUCUCUUCUCUGAUGAGUCUGAGCAGAUUGUGAAGGCCCAUGGGCUUGACAUGUUCUUCGAGCAUGAAAAGACAUAUGAGAACAAGCCACUGGCUCAGGGCCCCCUGAAGGGUUUCUUGGAGGCCCUGGGGAGGCUGCAGAAGAAGUUUUACUCCAAAGGCUUGAGAUUGGAGUGCCCGAUCCGCACCUACUUGGUGACAGCGCGUAGUGCUGCAAGCUCAGGGGCUCGGGCCCUGAAGACCCUACGCAGUUGGGGCCUGGAGACAGAUGAGGCCCUGUUCCUAGCUGGGGCCCCCAAAGGCCCCCUUCUUGAAAAGAUUCGGCCACACAUCUUCUUUGAUGACCAGAUGUUCCAUGUGGCUGGGGCACAGGAAAUGGGCACAGUGGCUGCCCACGUCCCCUAUGGCGUGGCCCAGGCAGCCCGGCGGACAGCACCCGAGAAGCAGGCCCCCCCAGCAGCCCAAUAGUCUUCCUGGUCAUUCCAGCAGUGGGAUCUUCUGAAAAAGGCAGAGGGGAAUCCUGGAAAGGAUGCUGGCCUCCAAAGAACCGGGUGUGACAGGGGGCCCCGGAUUCUCUUCUCUGAGCCUCAGAUUUCCCAUCUGUGAAAUGGAGUUAAUGACUGACCCUAUCCCGUAGGAUCAUUGUGAGGAAAACACUUGGUAUAGUAUCAAAAUGGGAGCUGUUAUCAUUGUUAUGGACAUUCAGAGCUAUGCUGGCCCCACUCACCCAGCCCUCAUGAUUCCAUGUUGUACACAGGGAUCCCAGCCCCCACCUGUCACCUCCCAUCCCACAGUGCCUGUCUCAUUCCCUAGGCAUCCCUUAGCCAGAUCUCCUGCUAUGCACAUCUAACCCACGCUUCUGUCCUGGGCACGCAGCCAGAACUAGCAUAAAGACCCGUGCUGUUCCUGGCUGGGCAGGAGGCAGGGCCAAUUCCAUGCCCAAAUCCUGAACCAAGGAGAGGCACUCUCUCAGCUGGAUCCCACCGAAGAGUGGAUGGGAUCAAGAGGGACGAAAGGGAGACAGGGCAGUGUCUCUCGCCAGAAUGCACUUGGGAUCUGGGAUCUGGGAUCUGAUUACCUGGGUUGAAAUUCAGAUUCUGCUACUUAUUACCUACUUGACCUUGACAGAGUAAUGUUCCCUCCCCGGCUUUAGUUUCUUCAUUCAUAAAAUGAGAAGGAGGGGAGGGCUCAGGGGAAGGUGGAAGAUUUCCCAGGAUCACAUGCGCUUCCAGAUACAAGGAAUCUUCUAGAUCAUCCAUUCCCAUCUUCUCAUUUAACACUGUCCCCGAGAGUGACUUGCCCAUACUUACUCACCUGGAAAGAGGUGGAAGCAGAAUGUAAACCCAGGCCCUCAGGCCCCAAAUCCAAAGUGCUUUCCACUAUACUUCCCCCAUAAAACAGUGCUCAGACCAGUUUUAGUCCACAUCCAUUUUUUUCCUACCUUGCAAAACUUUUGUUAUCAAAGCACCUUCUCAAAAUCUAUGACGUUUAAAAACACACACAUACACACACAAUUUCCCGCUCUCAUCAUCCUUCUCUUCCCACUCUAACUUCCUCCUUCCCAACUCCCAGUAGCGGGGUAACAUGGAGUGCAUGGGGGUGGAUUCCCAGGCAGGCUCAGGGUACCUCUGAGGUCCCUUCCAGCUCUGUACAUUCUGUGGUUUUGGUGAAGGUGCAGGAAACUUUCCCUGGGGGCUCUAGCACAGUGCCUGGGCCUUAUUGUUGCUGUUGGUUGUCUUUUGUUCUCAAAGAGGAUCAUGACAUCAGGGAGGUGAUGCCAUGAUACAUAAGUGAAUCUGAUUUCACUGAGGCAGGGCUGUACAAAGUCACCAGCCUCACUUCCUCCUCCCGAGCCACCUGGGUCCAGUGGCCAGAUAUAGGUCAGGGCGACUGCAGAUGGCCCUGAGGGCUUCUAGUGAGCCGUUGGGUGGAGUUGUGGAGUUGGUAAGGUCAGCCAAUGGAAACAGAGCCUCCUUAUAAGUGGUGGUAAGCACACUGUGUAAUAAGAGUAAGUAUGAUGAGUGUAGACAGGCUUUCGCUACAUCAUAAGGUCCCUUUCAGCUUUCCCAGUCUAUGUACUUUGAGCCUGUCCAGUCCUGACAUUCUAUGUUCUCACAUUCUGUUUACUCAAGUCUUUUCACACUCUAUUUCUGUUACUCUAAAUGUAACCUAAAGUAUUAUAUCUAUGGACUCAGCCAGGCUACUGGGACAUCCGUGGGCUGGGAGGAGAAAAGUAGAAACAAGCAAAGACCUAGUCACAUAAGACAAAGCAGGGCCAGGCUUAUUCUAACAGAAACCACAGCAACAGAUGGCCGUGCAUUCUGAUUGAUGGCUAUGAUUUAAUUAUUAGCUUUGAGCAAAAAAGAAUAAGAGACUGAGAGUGGGAGAGAGAGAGAGAAAAUGGGAGAUUAACAGAAUAAUACAUAAAUGGAAUCUGAAUGCUGAGAUAACAGAGUUAGGCAGUAUUACAGGUGGCUCUGGCAUUUAGAUAGAGAAGGCAGACAUUGGGGACUGUGACUGCCAAAAGCAAAUAGACAAGCAUGAAGUACCUACUGUGUGCCAGAUGCAGUGUUAGGGGCUGGGUAUGUAAAAAAGGAAAAAAUAAAGUCUUUCCCCUAGAGGAUCUUAUGUUCUAAUGGGGGAGACAUGUAAUUACGUAGGAGCAAAGAAGAUAUGUUGGGAAUAAUCUCAGAGAAAAGGCGUUAACAUUAAGGGGGAGCAGGAAAGGCUUCUUGUAGAGGGUGGGAUGUUGUUGUUGUGGUUGUGGUUGUGGUUGGUCCUUCAUUCUCCAAAAGGACCAUGGCAUCAGGGAGGUGAUGCCAUGAAGUGCCAGUGAAUUGGAUCUAAGUGAGGGAGGGAGGGCUGUGCAAAGUCACCAACCUCACUUUCUCCUCCAGAGCCAUCUGGGUCCAGGGGCCAGAUUUCUAUCAGGACAACUGGAGAUGGCCAAGGAUGCAGUAGGAGACCUUGGCCUUUUUAAGAUAAGCUCUUUAACCAGUCUCAGUGUGACUGAGGCAGCACCCGUUCGGUGAUUCAGGCUAGGUAAGAAAUGAAGCAGAGAGCCAGAACAUUGGGUGGGAUUUUAGCUGAGACUUGAAAGAAGCCGGUGAAGGCAGGAGAUGGAGAUGAGGAAGAAGAGAAUUCCAGGGAGGGAUACGGCCAGUGAAAAUGCCUGAAGGUAAGAGACGGAGUGUGUCCUGUGCUGAAUAGCAGGGAAGCCAGAGUCACUGGAUUGUAGAGAGAACAUGGAAGAGGAUAUGGUGUAAAAUGGCUGGAAAGGUAGAGGGGGACUGGGUUGUAAAGAGCUUUGAAAAUCAAACAGAGGAUUUUGUAUUUGGUCCUGAAGGCAAUGUGGGUGCCAACCAUAGUUCACUGAACAGGGGAAUGCUGUUGCAGCUCAGUGGUACAGUAGGUAGUGUACUGGGACUAGAGCCAAGAAGACCAGAGCUCAAAUUUGACCUCAGGCACUUAACUAGCUGUGUGACCCUGGACAAGUCACUUAGUCUCAGUUUCCUUAAAUGUGAAAUGGGGAUAAUAACAACACCUACUUCUCAGGGCUAUUUCAAGGAUCAGAUGAGAUAGUGUUUGUAAAGCUCUUAGCCCAGUGCCUGAUACAUAGUAGGUGCCAUUAAAAUGCUUAAUACUUACCUCACCUUUGCUUUAAGAAAGUCAUUUCGUUUGUUGAAAGGAGGAUGAGUUGGAGUAGGGAGAGAUUUGAGGCGGGCAGAGUCACCAGCAGGCUAGUACAAUAGUCCAGGCAUGAGUUGGUGGGAGUCUGCACCAGGGGGCUGGCAGAUGUUUUGAAGGUAGAAUUGAAAUUAUAGAAAUACUGGACCACUUUGGUCUAAAGGAAUCCAAGAGGUGAGAACUCUCCUGACAAUGAGCUGCUUAAAGAAAGAUGAGAGCUCUGAAAUCCUUGCCAAGGAAUCAACCAAAAGACAAUUAGAAAACAAUUAUAGAUGAGCUGUAAUGAUGCCAGAUAGAGCUGUAGCUGUGGGAGUUUACACAGGCACUUCUGAGAGCUGGAAGUGAUUAGAAGGAGGCUGAGCAAAUGAGCCAUCGGGCUGAACGGCAGUGAUUGCUGCCAAUAACCCUGAUAAAACCAGCAGCCUUUCUCCCAGGCUGAGGAGACCUCAAGGAAGCCAAUUAAAGCAGAGUCCUCAGACCUCUCCUCACCCACACUGGCUCUUGGACUAUGACUGCAGAACAGAAACAACUGACAGGCAGUUGAAAUCUCCUAGUGGCAUCACAGGACAGUUCCAGAGAAAGAGGAGGAUUAAGGCAAGCUCUUUGAUCCAGUGAGCUAGCAUAGUCUAGGUGGUCUGUGUCUAGAGGUACCUCCUGUUUGUACUCAUCUGUGUGCUUAGCAAGGGCAGUGAACUUUAAAAAAAAAAAAAGGAUUGUAUCUGUUAGAAGACCUGGGUUCAAAUGUUGACUUUGGUACUUCCUAGCCACUUGACUGUAAGUCAAGUUUCCUCAUUUUAUAAAAUGGGUGUUGUGAUAUUUGUACUACCCACCUCACACAGUUGUUGGGAGGGAAAGAGCUUUAUAAAUCUUCAAGAGCUAUAUAAUUAUGAGUGGUGUAGUGGAAAAAAAGUAGAGAAAUUGUAGACAGAGGACUUGGAGUUAAAUACCAUCCCUGCCCCUCACCAGCUAUGUGAGCUUAGGUAAGAGAGUUAACUUUUCUGUGCUCCUGUUUCUUCAUGAAAAGUGAGAGCAGUGGUUCCCAGCAAUUUUUGUUCCUCGAACUGCUUCUAACAACAACAAAAAAGUCCUGUAAACUCCCAAGGUAAUUUAAAAUACUGUUCAUAAUAUAAUUUCAGAUUUAUUCAUGAAGGGCAUAUAAUAAUUAUGAUGAUAACUUUUGCUCCUUACAAACUCCAAAUGAAAAUUUGCAUUAUAUAAGUAUGAAAUUUUCUUCUACUUAUAAUUAUGAAAACUCUAAAUAUAACAUUAUAAAACUAUAAUCAAAAAAUAAUUAUGAAAAUGUUAUGUAGGACAUUCAGUAAAAAAAAUUAAAAGGAAUCCAGCAAGACCUAUGUUUAUUUACUCUUACCUACAAGACUCAAUAUUAAAUAAAUUUCUUUAUUUUACAAAUUUUAUGGAAUAUAAAUAAGAUUUUUAAUGAAAUAAGUUGUGACUUGGAAGGUGUUAAACAUAAUAUAUUAAUCAUAUAUGAACUACAUUUCAGUGUUGGACUUUUUUAUUUGAACAAGGUUUGGGGCUCAACCCCAACUAAAUACAGAUAGACUCUAUUAAAUUACUGUCCAGUGUUGCCAACCAUUUCGUGCGAAAAGUCCUCCAGGGCCUCACAUCUGUGGAAUUCUCUGCCUUCUUUGGUCAUUGCUUUUUAGACUAUUAUAUAAAACUGGCCUUUGUAAAAUGACCAACCUUAAUUGAACGGUGUUAUUAUAUGUGUGUCUGUUUGAAGCUAUUCUCACAUUUAAAAAAAUGAUAUAAAAUAUCUUCUUCUAAAUAAUCUUCUAAAUAUUUCACAUAUAUCAGUGAUUUCAUUGUAUUUUGCUUUGAGGUGUUUUGGAAAAUAAUAUUGCUUAACAAAUAAACCAAUUAAUUUUUAAA